AUGAAACUGAAUGGGCUCCAGGACGCUGUGUUCAUUGAGAAAUGUUUUUCCGUAUCGGAUACUGACAAAGAUGGCUUGAUCAACUUCAAAGAAGUAGCCACCUGUCUGUCAGUGCUGCUUCGAGGCAACGAGAGCGCGAUGGAUGAGUUUGAAUUCAGGCUUUGGGAUUCCGACGGAGACGGUGUCCUGAAGAAAAACGAGUUCAUCGAAUUUUACAUGCACGUCUCUCGACUGGAUCCUGAAUUGAAAUCUUUUGACGAUGAGAAGAUUUUGAGUCAGGCCGAAAAAGUUUUCUAUGCUGUUGAUGUCAAGAAAACUGGAGCUAUUGACCUGGACGAAUUCAAACAGGCCAUCGAG